AUGUAUGAAGAUGACGACGAUGACAUGCCGUAUGGUGGAGAGGGAGUCGAUCAGGAUAUGGAAGAAGAGGACGCAGAUGAAAUAUCAAGCGAACAGUGGCAAGAGGCGUGUUGGGUAGUGAUUAGUGCAUAUUUUGACGAAAAGGGUCUUGUGCGUCAGCAACUCGAUUCGUUUGAUGAGUUCAUCCAAAUGAAUGUGCAAAGAAUUGUGGAGGAUGCACCUGCUGUGGAACUACAAGCUGAAGUGCAGCACUUCUCUGGAGACAUUGAAAACCCAACAAAGUUUUCGCUAAAAUUUGAGCAGAUUUAUUUAUCGAAACCAACGCACUGGGAGAAAGACGGAGCACCGACGCCAAUGAUGCCUAAUGAGGCACGUCUACGUAAUCUUACCUAUUCUUCGCCUCUGUAUGUUGAUAUUACGAAGCAAAUUCAACGGGAGGAUGAAGUAACAGAGCGUAGAUAUGAAAAGGUUUUCGUUGGAAAAAUUCCGAUCAUGUUAAGAUCGAGCUACUGUAUGCUUUCCAAUAUGUCUGAUCGUGACCUGACAGAGCUUAAUGAGUGCCCGCUCGAUCCUGGUGGCUACUUUGUAAUCAAUGGCUCCGAGAAGGUUCUUAUCGCGCAGGAGAAGAUGGCAACGAAUACUGUUUAUGUGUUUUCAAUGAAGGACGGGAAAUAUGCAUUUAAGGCAGAAUGCAGGUCUUGCCUCGAGAACUCGAGUCGUCCAACAUCAACCAUGUGGGUGAACAUGUUGGCUCGCAGCGGAGGAGGAGCCAAGAAGACUGCGAUGGGGCAACGUAUUAUAGCUAUCCUUCCCUAUAUUAAGCAGGAGAUUCCUGUAAUGAUUGUGUUUCGAGCUCUUGGUUUUGUCUCUGAUCGUGACAUACUCGAACACAUAAUAUACGACUUCGAGGAUCCCGAAAUGAUGGAGAUGGUUAAACCCUCAUUAAAUUGGACAGUUCUAGUUUUUCCUACACUGACCGCUUGGUUAUACUAUUUGGAGCAAAAUGUUGCGCUCAACUUCAUUGGAGCACGUGGUGCGAAGCCAGGUGUUACAAAGGAACAACGUAUUAAGUAUGCUAAGGAAAUUUUGCAAAAAGAAUUGCUGCCCCAUGUUGGAGUUAUGGAUUUUUGUGAAACAAAGAAAGCAUAUUUUAUUGGUUACAUGGUUCAUCGACUUCUACUCGCAGCGCUAGGCCGUCGCGAACUCGAUGACCGAGAUCAUAUUGGAAACAAGAGAUUGGAUCUGGCUGGUCCCCUACUUGCGUUUUUGUUCCGGGCGUUGUUUAGAAAUUUACUAAAAGAAAUGCGGCUUACUGCGCAAAAGUAUAUAAAUAAGAAUGGAGACUUUUCACUCGACGUGUGUGUCAAAACGUCAACAAUAACUCGUGGUCUUGCCUAUUCUCUUGCCACAGGAAACUGGGGAGAUCAGAAAAAGGCUCACCAAUCCAGGGCUGGAGUGUCGCAGGUCCUGAAUCGUCUUACUUACACAGCUACUCUUUCUCAUCUACGUAGGGCUAACUCACCUAUCGGAAGGGAAGGAAAGCUUGCAAAACCUCGGCAGCUGCACAACACGCAAUGGGGAAUGGUGUGUCCUGCGGAGACUCCAGAAGGUCAAGCAGUGGGUUUGGUGAAGAAUCUAGCAUUGAUGGCAUAUAUCUCAGUAGGCUCGUUACCAGAACCAAUCUUGGAAUUUUUGGAGGAAUGGUCGAUGGAAAACUUGGAAGAAGUGGCGCCAUCGUCAAUUGCUGACGCGACAAAGAUUUUUGUAAAUGGGGCAUGGGUGGGAAUUCAUCGUGACCCAGAACAUCUCAUGACCACUCUCAAGAAACUUCGGAGACAGAUGGACAUUAUCGUGUCGGAGGUUUCGAUGGUACGAGACAUAAGAGAUCGAGAGAUUCGAAUUUACACUGAUGCAGGCCGUGUUUGUCGACCGCUAUUGAUCGUAGAGAAUCAAAAACUUGCACUGAAAAAGAGUCAUAUCGAUAAGCUGAAGGUGAGUCUGGAUCGUGAAUCUGGAAGUAAUUAUAGUUGGUCAGAUCUCGUUGCGGGUGGUGUAGUUGAACUGAUCGAUGCAUUGGAAGAAGAGACGGUAAUGUUGGCAAUGAUGCCCGAGGAUUUAAAAGCCGGAGGCUAUUGCGACACUUACACUCAUUGUGAGAUUCAUCCUGCAAUGAUCCUUGGAGUGUGUGCGUCCAUCAUCCCAUUCCCUGAUCAUAAUCAAAGCCCAAGGAAUACUUAUCAAAGCGCUAUGGGUAAACAAGCUAUGGGUGUGUAUACAACUAACUUCCACGUCCGUAUGGAUACACUUGCUCAUGUAUUGUAUUAUCCACAGAAACCUUUGGUCACCACUAGAUCAAUGGAAUAUCUAAGGUUCAACGAGCUACCUGCCGGUAUAAAUGCUAUUGUGGCCAUUUUAUCUUAUUCUGGUUACAACCAAGAAGAUUCUGUGAUUAUGAAUCAGUCGGCUAUAGAUAGAGGAUUGUUCAGAUCUGUAGAGGCCAACUUGGAUGGAGCUAAUGAGGAAUUAAUCGAGAAACCAACUCGUGACAAGUGCUCUGGAAUGAGACAUUCUCUUUAUGACAAGUUGGAUGAAGAUGGCAUUAUCUCUCCUGGGAUGCGUGUUUCUGGAGAUGAUGUCAUCAUUGGAAAAACAGUUGCGCUUCCUGAAGUGGACGACGAUUUGGACGCAAAUAGUAAGAAGUACGUAAAACGAGAUGCCUCAACUUUCCUGAGGAGCUCUGAAACUGGUAUAGUUGAUCAGGUAAUGGUAUCGUUAAACACCGAUGGUAACAAAUUUGUAAAAGUUCGUGUGCGAUCGGUGAGGCUGCCUCAAAUUGGAGAUAAGUUUGCAUCGCGACAUGGGCAAAAGGGCACCAUGGGUAUCAUGUACAGACAGGAAGAUAUGCCAUUCACUUGCGAAGGUUUGACGCCCGAUAUAAUUAUUAAUCCACAUGCUGUUCCAUCUCGCAUGACUAUUGGUCAUUUGAUUGAAUGUUUGCAGGGAAAGCUUUCGGCCAAUAAAGGAGAGAUCGGUGAUGCGACUCCCUUCAAUGACACUGUCAAUGUGCAGAAAAUUAGUAACCUGUUGCAAGAGUAUGGUUAUCAUCUCCGGGGAAAUGAAGUAAUGUAUAAUGGGCACACGGGAACAAAGCUCACUACUCAGAUAUUCUUCGGCCCUACAUAUUACCAGCGAUUGAAACACAUGGUGGAUGACAAAAUCCACUCGCGUGCAAGGGGGCCGAUUCAGAUGAUGAAUAGGCAGCCAAUGGAGGGACGCGCAAGGGAUGGAGGUUUGCGAUUCGGAGAAAUGGAACGCGAUUGUCAGAUUUCCCAUGGAGCUGCACAAUUUCUGCGUGAGAGGCUGUUCGAAGUUUCGGAUCCGUACCAUGUUUAUGUGUGCAAUAAUUGUGGGCUAAUCGUUGUUGCGAACCUCCGGACUAAUAGCUUCGAGUGCAAGGCUUGCCGUAAUAAAACACAAGUAUCGGCAGUUCGCAUACCGUACGCUUGCAAAUUGUUGUUCCAAGAAUUAAUGGCAAUGUCGAUUGCACCUCGGCUGAUGGUGGAUGCAUGA